AUGGGAAUCCAAGCCCUCCCCGACACCGCCGUCCGAGCUCUUGGCUCGGGCCAGGUACUAACGGACCCGGUCUCACUGAUAAAAGAACUCCUUGACAACUCGCUCGACGCCUUAGCGACUGCAAUUUCCAUCGAAGUCUCCCAGAACACCCUCGACGUCCUCCAGGUCAAGGACAACGGCCACGGCAUCCCCACCGAGGAUCGCGAAUUCGUGGCGAUGCGGCACUGCACGAGCAAGAUCACGGACUUCGAAGAAAUCCAGGACUGCCGCAGUCUGGGGUUCCGGGGGGAGGCCCUGGCUAGUGCUGCGGAAUUGGCGGGCGGGCUGGUCAUCACUACUAUGGUUGAGGGGGAGAAGGUUGCAAUGGCUUGCACUUGUGACCGGGUGGGUAAGGUUACCGCGAGGAAACCGGUUGGUGCUAUGAAGGGGACUACUGUGCGGGUUACGGAUUUUUUUAAGUUUUUGCCUGUAAGACGGGAGAACGCCAUCAAGGGUGCGCAAAAGAGCUUAUCCAAAGUGAGGACACUGUUGCAAAGGUAUUACCUUUCACAUCCAGCUUGCCGGUUCUCAUUGAGGGUACUGGCACCACCGCAGAAAAGCAAGGCAGCGGGUGGGCAGAGCGAGGAUAUCGUAUAUGCCCCGAGCAAGUCGGUUUCGGAGGCGGUUAUGAAAGCUGUUGGAAAAGAGAUCGUCGCUACUUGUCAAUGGAUAAAUACCGAGCAUGAAGAGGUCACGGACGGUUCGGGAGAGCAGAAAAUCGGCAUAGAAGCCUUUAUGCCGAAGCCCGGUUCAGAUCCCGCAAUCAUAUGUAGGAAGCCGCAAUGUACGAAUUUUGUUUUUGUGGACAGUCGGCCGGUAUCGUGCGCUCGGGGCACUCUGAAGCAAAUCUUGUCGUUGUAUAAAUCUUACCUUAAGUCUGCAUUACCCGAUUCUGCCAUAUCUGAUCCUUUCCUCUAUCUUAACCUGCGUUGUCCUCCUGGGGCCUACGAUCCGAAUAUUGAGCCGGCCAAGGACGACGUCAUGUUCUUUCACGCGGACCGGGUUAUCGGAGCUGUAGAGGUGAUUUUCAAGGGCUUAUAUGGAGAACUAAAGACUAAGAGCAGUCCUGGUGGAUCUGGAGGGAAGGGGAAGAGCGUAGAAAUGAUGACAGGUGGUUUUGAGCUUUUGCUUGCUAGGAAGAGAGACCCGAAGCCUGGCACGACUAAACCCCCAGAAGCUCCUGAGAUAGAUGAGGAUGAGGAAGAAAUGGCAGCACAACAGGUGAAUAUGAUGAUGGAGCUUGAUGAGGAUCCUCCCGCAGCGGGACUCACACCUGCCAAUCCAGGAAAAGCACCGCCUGUACAGACACGGGAAGAAAGCCCUCAUAGGUCACACAAUAGGGAUGGCAGCGUGCGACCCCCAAUGUUUUCUAUAACGGAUGCGCCCUCCCCUGGAUCAGUACGCCCUGGGGAGCUCAAUCAAGAGCCUACCCCCCCAGCUGCGCCACUUGCUCAGAUGGUACAAACGCCCAGAAGGAGGCCGACAAACUGGGGCUUUAAUAUGUCUUCGGGCUACGACGAAGACGAGAGUGAUCUAGUUUUGGACGAGGUGGAAAGGCAGGUCCGGAGUGACCUUGCUGAGGAACAGGCUGAUGAGGCAGCUGCCAGAGAUAUUGCCAUCUCGAACCCCUGGACCGCUGCGAAGAUGAACUCCCCCGCAUCAGGAUCUAACCAGCCCUUCUCACCGGCGAUCGUCCCCUCAAUUUGGUCCUCCACCGUCUCUUCAUUACUCUGUGACUCCUGUAUCGUCCUCGCGACGGAUGAUCACAAUGCCCCCAACUCCAAAUAG